GGGGGAGGAGGAGAGCACUACCUGCCGACUGUACCGAGGAAACACAGGCACAGCGAGAAUAGAGCAUGCGCAGUAGCAGCUGAUGGCUCAUAAUGGAAGGAGAGCGCCACCAGCCGGCUGUACUGAGGGGACGCAGUCACAGCUACAAAGGCGCAUGCGCAGCAACACCAGGUAGUUCCUGACUCUGGAAACUGCAAGUCCCAGAAUCCGGCGGCUGUCAUGUGACUCCUGUGUCUGCUCCUGCUGGCCUGAGGCACCUAAAGAGCCCGGCAUCGCAGGCUCCCCCCGCAGUGUACACCCUGGUGAGGAUGGGAUCAGAGUCAGACUGGUCAGUGUUGGUUCUCACCUGUCAGCAUAAGGACAGCGUCCCAGCGUUUCAGAGAGAGCUGGAGAUUAGACAGCGGCGUGGUGUUCUCCCCCCAGGCACCUUGAUCCUGACAGUGGAAGACCCUCAGGCCCAUGUAGGGAGCGGGGGAGCCACACUGAAUGCUCUGCUGGUGGCUACGGAACACCUGAGUGCGCGUGCUGGAUACACGGUGGUGUCUGCAGAUGUCCUGCAGGGGGCGCGGCUGGUCAUCCUGCAUACGGGGCGAGAUUUCCUGUUUGAUGACUGUGGUCGCGUUUUCACCGUCCUGCCGGCGGAGGAUCCCCAGGUCCUGGUAGAAUCCGUCACAUGUAACUUGGACAGUCUGCUGAACACGCUAAGGCACCAGCUGUGUCCUCGCUCCCCUCCUGGUGUCUGGAUCUGCAGCACUGAUAUGACGUUGAGUCUGCGAUCUAACCCGCGAAUUAGCUGGACACAGUUUAGGGGAGCCCGCGUCAUCUCUCUGCCAGGAACCGCAGAAUAUGCCAGGAAGCAUGGAGUGUACCUGACAGACGAGUCGGGGGUCGUGAGAGACAUUGUGUACCGUGGGUCCAUACAGAGAAUCCAGGACUGUAUCCUUGAGGAUCAACAUGUUCCGCUGGUGUCGGGAAUAGUCUUCCUCUCCUCAGAGACUGCAGAGCGUUUCCUUAGCACUCUCACCUCACCCCCACUGGAUGGCUGUACUUACCAGGGUCUCGACUCCGGGGCGGAGCCCAUUGAGGUGUCUCUGUUCCUGGACGUCCUGAUGAGCAUGUGUCAGGAUGUCAGUAAGGAGAGGUUCCUGAGUGGGGACUCUGAUCUCAGUGACAGGACAAGAAGCGCCCGGGCCAUACUCUGGAAAGAGCUUCAUGACCUCCCUCUGACCAUGAUGUAUGUCCCUGAUGGCCGCUAUGAGUACCUGUCUCUCUGUGCUCGAGAUCACAUUGAAAAUCUGGUGAGAGCAGCAUAUGAAGGAGAUCACCCUAGCAAGAUCGCCCACUCCUUUGUCAUGUGUCCAACGCUGAUCCAGGACGGCAGCUGUGUGGUUAAUAGCUGGCUGAGCGGAGAGGUGUCUGUGUUGCCAGGUAGCGUCAUCCAGAACUGUCGCCUAGAGGGUCCCCUCACCGUGGGCAGUGGGUGUCUUCUCCUUGGCCUGGACCAUGCGGCAGCAUCAGAGCUUUGUGGGCAUCAUCUAAGUGACGUCAUACUGCAGGCGCAUCCCAUCCGCGUGCAGAGCCUUUCCCUAACGGUGUACAGCCUUCUGGGAACAGACGACGAGCUGCAGUGUCCAGCAGGGGGCGGAUCUCCCACUUUCCUCAACCUUCCCUGGGAUGAAUUCUUCCGCAGGACUGGCAUCUGUGAGAGUGACCUCUGGGGGUAUGAGGCUCCAGGUAGGGAGCGCAGUGUACUAACUGCCCCCCUGUUCCCCAUUCUUCACCCCUGUGAGUCUCUGGGGGUUGGGGAUGUUCUGUGGUUCCUAAGUCCAGGCAGCGGAGAGCGAGAACGCAGACGACAGAGGUGGCGCAGCUCUUGGCGCAUGUCAUGGCAGCAGAUACGGCAGCACCGGGACCAGGAGAAGGCGCUGCAGGAUCGGAGAGAGAUCUUCUUUACCCAGGCCCAAAAAAAGGUACAGAAAGUUCUCCUGGGCCGGGAGGAGAGAAGUUUGAUGCCCAUCAUCCGGGCGGCCGUACAGGAGGGAGAACACCAAAGAUUGCUGGAUACACUGGACAAUGUGGCCUCAGAGAGUGAUGAUGCCGGGGUGGCUGCCCGGGCACUGGCCUGUGUGGCAGACCUGCUGGGCUGCAUGGCGGAUGGUGAGGGAGGGCUGAGGAGUGGACCAGCGGCUAACAGCGCCUGGGCGCCUGGCUACCGGCUGCUGGAGAAGGGCGACAUCUCGCAGGGUGUGAAACUUAUGGCUGAAGAGCGACAGCGGUGGUUAAGCAGACCGGCUCUGCUCCUCCGUGCUGCGCGACAUUAUGAAGGGGCGGAACAGAUCCUAAUCCGCAGAGCUGUGAUGUCCGCUUUCCAGUUUGUGUCUCUUGGUGAAAAGAAGCUGCUGCCCCAGAAUCAGUGGGUGACGGCAGCAUGUCCAGCGAGGAUCGACGUGUCUGGGGGCUGGAGUGACACGCCUCCAAUCACAUAUGAACAUGGCGGUGCGGUGGUUAAUGUGGCUGUGCUGGUUGACGGUCAGAGGCCGAUAGGUGCUGCAGCCAGAAGGAUUCCGGAGCUGCAGCUGCGCCUGUCCAGUAGCAGUGGGCCGCAGGGAGCCCAGCUCCACACUCAGCUGACUUGUCACAGUCUCGCUGACCUGCAGGACUACUGCCAGCCUCAGGCCCCAGGGGCGUUACUCAAAGCCGCCUUCAUCUGUUCGGGAACCGUGAACGCAACGUCUGAGAAAACGCUGUCCCAGCAGCUCAGCAAGAAAUAUGGGGGAGGGUUUGAGCUGCGGACGUGGUCUCACCUGCCACAUGGAUCUGGUUUGGGUACAAGCAGUAUCCUGGCGGGGGCAGUAAUGGCGGUGCUGUAUGAGGCAUCAGGAAGGUCGGCAGAUGCAGAGUCUCUGAUCCACGCGGUUCUACACCUGGAGCAGGUACUGACGACAGGCGGUGGCUGGCAGGACCAGGUCGGGGGGCUGAUUCCAGGAGUGAAAAUUGGACGUUCUGCUCCUAAACUGCCCCUUCAAGUACAAGUUGAGUGUAUUGAGCUUCCCAAAGCAUUUUUGGAGGAGUUAAACCAACAUCUCCUCCUGGUGUAUACUGGAAAGACUCGGCUGGCUCGGAAUCUACUGCAGGAUGUCCUGCGGAAUUGGUACGCCCGUCUUCCCGACAUCACGCUGAACGUGGACGCACUAGUGAGCAAUGCUGAGGUGUGCGCUGCAGCCUUCCGGAGAGGGGACUUGAGGCUCCUGGGAGACUGUCUCUCUACAUACUGGCAGCAGAAGAAGCGUAUGGCUCCUGGCUGCGAGCCGCUGGCGGUACGGAAAAUAAUGGACACGUUAGAGCCCUACGUGUACGGACAGUCGCUGGCUGGAGCUGGCGGAGGCGGCUUCCUGUAUAUACUGACCAAGGAGCCGCAGCAGAGAGACGUCAUACAGACUCUGCUGGAGAACACGCAGGGGCUGGAGAGAUGCAGCGCGCACGCUGUGCAGGUGGAUACGGAGACGUUCGCUGUGCGCAAGGAGGCGCCUACCACCGAGGACAUGUGAGCAAAGUGUCAUCUCGUCCUGCAGCGGCCACAGACUAUAGCGCGAUAUAACAGAUGUUGGUGCUGGGGUGACUUUAUUCUCUUCUCUGCCAUUCUAGAUCUACCUAUUAGUGCCUUCUGUACAGUAGUCCCGCCCCCUCUGGUGCCGGCGCUGGAACAGACUGCGCGGUAUAUUUUUGUACCAGAGGUUACUUUAUUUUACGCCAGGGUGUAGGUUCGGAUACACCCUCAGGAUCAUUUUGCACAGGAGGACCAAGUGGAAUUAAUUAUUUAAUCAAGAAGUGAUACAAAGAUCUGUAAAUUAAAGUAUGAUCAAUGGGUACAGA